UUCUAGCAGUUGAACUGGGCAUGCUCGGCAGCUAGAACAGGCUUCUGGUACAAGGAGGACGUUUUCCCACUAACUGGGCUCCAGAGCCUGAAGCUGAGGUAUAGGUGCAGGCUAAGGCUGGGGCUGCUGCUGCUGCUGCUGCUGCUGCUGCUGCUGCUGCUACUCCGGAGUAGCCUCGCCCCUCCGUGGCAGCACAGGUGGCGGCGACGACGGCGGCGGCUGCGCUGAGCUACAGAGGGAGGGCAGCUGCUCUCCGGAGCAACCCAGACGCAGCAUCGCUAGGCGCGCUAUUGAAGGGAGAAGGAAACGAGAGCAGAGGCAGCUGUGUCUUUACUGGGUCGGCUCCAGCAACAUCCAGCGGCGGAUGUGCAGGAGGAGGAGGAGAAGGCGGAGGCAGCAGUAGAGGGGAUAGAUAUCGGCGGUGGUACCAAGGCGGCUGCACUACAGCGCCGCUGCUGUGCUUGCUGUAAGAGCCCCGGAUAAGAAGACAGGAGGCACCAACAGUGGUGGAGGAAAGCCAAGGAACCAGACACUUUGCCUCGGUAGCCGGCAGCAGGCUGUAGAGCAGCCUCAUCCUUAGCGCUUUUUUUUUUUUUUUUCUUUUUUUUUUUUCCCCUCUUCCCUGCCCGGCAUCACUUGUCCCGGAGCCACGCACAGACAACAAAGCGAAAGAUGCUGCAGUUGGGCAAGGUCAGGACCUUGCACUGAAGCCUGGAGGCGGCGCACACACCUUUCCGUGGAAUUGAGGAUUUGUCUAUUUUGGUGGGUGCAUGUUUGGGAGAAAGCAGACAGGCUCAACGCCUUUUGGAGCUAUGCCUGUUCCAGACCAGCCUUCAUCUUCAGAAAAGACUAGUUCUCUGAGCCCCGUGUUGAAUACAUCUAAUGGAGAUGGAUCUGAAACUGAGACAACUUCUGCCAUUCUUGCAUCAGUCAAAGAACAGGAACUACAGUUUGAGAGACUGACUCGAGAACUGGAGGCUGAACGCCAGAUUGUAGCCAGCCAACUGGAGAGAUGUAAACUUGGAUCAGAGACUGGAAGCAUGAGCAGCAUUAGUUCAACAGAAGAACAAUUUCAUUGGCAAACACAAGACGGUCAAAAGGAUAUAGAGGAUGAACUCACAACUGGUCUUGAGCUGGUAGACUCCUGUAUUAGGUCACUUCAAGAAUCAGGAAUACUAGAUCCCCAGGACUAUUCAACUAGUGAAAGGCCCAGCCUUCUCUCCCAGAGUGCACUUCAGCUCAAUUCCAAACCUGAAGGGUCUUUCCAGUACUCAGCCAGCUACCAUAGCAACCAGACCCUUGCCCUGGGUGAAACAACACCUUCUCAACUCCCAGCUCGAAGCAGUCAAGCCAGGGCUGCUAUCCAGAGCUUCAGCCAGGGCACAACUAGCCGAGCAGCCCAUUUAGCUGGAUCUGAACCCUCUCAAUCACAUGCUGCCUCUCAGUCAAGAGAGUCCUUUGUGCCGAGCCAUGGGAGCGCGUUCCAUUUGCCUGACUCCCAGCAUUCUUCAGCCCUUUAUUAUUCCAGCUCCACUCUGCCAGCACAGAGAGUGAGCUCUCCCUUGUCCAUGCAGCAGGUAGGCUCUCCCACAAAGCUCCAGCGGGUGGGGUCAGCCUCAGAGAGCACUGGAUACAGCACCACACAGCGGGUCUCCUCUCCUAAGCAGUCUCCAAGCCGGCUAGCCAAGUCAUAUAGCACCAGCUCACCCAUCAAUAUUGUUGUGUCUUCAGCUGGACUUUCUCCUUCCCCAAUACGUGUGACCUCUCCACCAACCAUCCAGUCUAAUAUUUCAUCCUCUCCUAUUCAUCAGCUAAGCUCAACCAUUGGCACUUAUGCUACCCUAUCUCCUACAAAACGUCUAGUCCACACGUCAGACCAGUACAACAAGCAUUCACAGGAACUGUAUGCCACUGCUACCCUUCAGAGACCUGGCAGUCUGGCAGCUGGAUCUCGGGCAUCUUAUAGCAGCCAACACAGCCACCUUGGCUCUGAAUUGAGGGCACUACAAUCUCCAGAACACCACAUAGAUCCCAUUUAUGAAGACAGAGUAUAUCAGAAACCCCCUAUGCGGAGUCUCAGUCAGAGUCAGGGGGACCCUUUGCAGCCAGCCCACACAGCCACCUAUCGCACUAGCACAGCCCCAUCUUCCCCUGGUGUCGACUCCGUACCCUUACAGCGCACAGGCAGUCAGCACGGCACACAGAAUGCAGCAUCGACCUUCCAGAGGGCCAGUUACGCUGCAGGCCCAGCCUCCAAUUACGCAGACCCCUACCGACAGCUGCAGUAUUGUCCUUCUGUCGAGUCACCAUACAGCAAAUCUGGGCCUGCCAUACCACCUGAAGGGACUUUGGCUAGGUCACCUUCCAUUGAUAGCAUUCAGAAAGAUCCCAGGGUACCAAUGUGCAAGUCUAGAGGGCAGCUCUGUCAACAUUUUCAAAACAAGUCACCUUUUUUAGAAUUUGGAUGGAGAGACCCAGAACUUCCCGAAGUGAUCCAGAUGCUGCAGCAUCAAUUCCCUUCUGUGCAGUCAAAUGCUGCAGCCUAUUUGCAACAUCUCUGUUUUGGAGACAAUAAAAUUAAAGCUGAGAUAAGAAGACAAGGAGGCAUACAGUUACUGGUGGACCUGCUGGACCAUCGGAUGACAGAAGUCCAUCGCAGUGCCUGUGGAGCUUUGAGGAACUUGGUGUAUGGGAAAGCUAAUGAUGAUAAUAAAAUUGCCCUGAAAAAUUGUGGGGGCAUCCCAGCAUUAGUACGAUUACUACGCAAGACUACUGAUCUGGAGAUCCGUGAACUUGUCACAGGAGUCCUUUGGAAUCUUUCUUCAUGUGAUGCACUUAAAAUGCCAAUUAUCCAGGAUGCCCUUGCAGUGUUGACCAAUGCAGUCAUCAUCCCUCACUCUGGAUGGGAAAAUUCACCACUCCAGGAUGAUCGGAAAAUACAGCUCCAUUCUUCACAGGUGCUGCGUAAUGCCACUGGGUGCCUAAGGAAUGUUAGUUCUGCUGGAGAGGAAGCCCGCAGAAGAAUGAGGGAAUGUGAUGGACUUACGGAUGCAUUGCUUUAUGUGAUUCAGUCUGCUCUUGGGAGCAGUGAAAUUGAUAGCAAGACCGUUGAAAACUGUGUGUGCAUUUUGAGGAACCUCUCCUACCGACUUGCAGCAGAAACAUCUCAGGGACAGCAGAUGGGAACCGAUGAGCUUGAUGGAUUACUAUGUGGUGAUGCCAAUGGCAAGGAUGCUGAGAGCUCUGGGUGUUGGGGCAAGAAGAAGAAGAAAAAGAAAUCCCAAGAUCAGUGGGAUGGCGUAGGACCUCUACCCGACUGUGCAGAACCACCAAAAGGAAUCCAGAUGCUAUGGCACCCUUCAAUAGUCAAACCCUACCUCACUCUUCUUUCUGAGUGCUCAAACCCAGACACUCUAGAAGGUGCAGCAGGUGCCCUGCAGAAUUUGGCUGCAGGUAGCUGGAAGGGCUGUGAGGAGGAUGUGGCAGGCAUGGUUCAUGCCCUACGUACACUGCCAGAGGGGGCACCCUGCCUGCCACAGUGGUCAGUGUAUAUUCGUGCUGCUGUCCGAAAAGAAAAAGGUCUGCCAAUCCUAGUGGAGCUGCUGCGAAUAGACAAUGAUCGAGUGGUGUGUGCAGUUGCAACAGCUUUACGGAACAUGGCCUUAGAUGUCAGAAAUAAAGAAUUAAUAGGCAAGUAUGCUAUGAGAGACCUGGUCCAUCGGCUUCCAGGAGGGAACAACAGCAACAAUUCAGCCAGCAAGGCCAUGUCUGAUGACACAGUUACUGCCAUCUGCUGUACUCUUCAUGAAGUGAUCACUAAGAAUAUGGAGAAUGCCAAGGCCUUACGGGAUGCUGGAGGCAUUGAGAAGUUGGUUGGUAUUUCCAAGAGUAAAGGAGACAAACACUCUCCAAAAGUGGUAAAGGCAGCAUCUCAGGUCCUAAACAGCAUGUGGCAGUAUAGAGAUCUGAGGAGUCUCUACAAAAAGGAUGGAUGGUCACAGUAUCACUUUGUAGCCUCUUCUUCAACAAUAGAAAGAGAUCGGCAAAGACCAUAUUCUUCAUCACGAACACCCUCCAUUUCUCCUGUGCGCAUGUCUCCUAACAAUCGCUCAGCAAGUGCCCCAGCCUCACCUCGAGAAAUGAUCAGCCUCAAAGAGAGGAAAACAGAUUAUGAGUCCACUGGAACAAAUGCCACUUACCAUGGAACUAAAGGAGAACACACUUCCAGGAAAGAUACCAUGACAGCUCAAAACACUGGAAUUUCAACUUUGUACAGAAAUUCUUAUGGUGCACCUGCUGAAGAUAUCAAACAUAACCAGGUUUCAGCACAGCCAGUCCCACAGGAGCCCAGUAGAAAAGAUUAUGAAACCUACCAGCCGUUUCAGAAUUCCACUAGAAACUAUGACGAGUCCUUCUUUGAGGAUCAAGUCCAUCACCGUCCACCUGCCAGCGAAUACAACAUGCACCUGGGACUGAAGUCCACUGGCAACUACGUCGACUUCUACUCUGCGGCACGUCCCUACAGUGAACUGAACUAUGAAACAAGCCACUACCCAGCCUCCCCAGAUUCCUGGGUUUGAGACUCGGCAAGAAGGAACAGCUCCAGGAACUGUGCAUGUGCAUGCAUACACCACAAGACAUUUUUUUUUUCCUGCAAAUUUAGUUUGUAAAAGCCUGUUCCAUAGGAAGGCCCUGAUAACCAGUAUGGAAACCUUGAUUAAGAGAUAUUUUAGAAGGCUUAAUGAGUUGAAAGUUAACUUGGAAGUCAAUAGAAUGAAAAAAAAAAUAAUCCUAAAUAUUAUAGUGUGGGACAACUUUUACUGUUGGCCCUAUAGAGUUUAAAAAAAAAAAAAGUGCUGUUUUUUGAAUGUGAUAGAAGGAAGGAGGGAGGAAACAGCAGUGGAUGAUGGAACAAGAAGGUUAUGUUAAGCACAAGAAACAGAAUAGUUUACAUACUUUAUGGGGGACAGCUUCUCACACUUUGUUUACUAUCUUCAUUCAUUGUGAAUCUAGGCUUCAAGUUGCAUUUGGGGUUCCUCUGUACAGCAAGAUGUUUCUUGCUUUUUGUUAAUGCAUUGUUGUAAAGUAUUUGAUGUACAUUACAGAUAAAAAAACAAAACAAAACCAAGUGCAUUGUGUAUAUUACACCAAUGCCGCAGUGUUUCUUCAUCUAUGGUUCUAAAUAUUACUUAAAUUUCAAAAUUUUGAAGGAUGUAUGAAUUUCCAGUUUUUUCUUUUCCCCAGUAUGUUUUAACAAAGACAAAAAAAGGAAUAUUUAGCAGUAUUGUUCGUUCUGAUAUGUGAAUUUGUUUGUGGCAACUAACCAAGGCGUUCAGCAAUUUCUGACAAUUAACAUACAUCAUUCCACACUCCUUGUCAACGAAGUGCUUUUUCACUGCCUAAAAUUUUAGAUGUAGAUAUUUGAAAUAGAUUUUUUUCAUUUAUACCAGUUUUCUUUAUGAUGAUACAGUGUUAAAAGAAAAUAAAUUACAAUUGAUCUGUCAUCCAUA